UGAUCAGUGUCGCGCGUGUAGCCGAAACGAUUGGUCGGUCCUCGCGGGUGUUCCACAAAGUCAAAGUGUUCACUGGCGCAACACCGAGCGGAGCGCGCGGCGAGAGAGACAAGGGAAAGAGAGAAAGAAAGAAAGAGAGAGAGAGACUCGCGCAUCCCGCGCGAGGCGGUAAGGUCGUGAUCCACGCGGAACGUGGUGAGUGCGUGUGUGCUGUGCGUGUGUGCCGUGUUCCACGAGCGUCCGCACGCGGAAACGCGCAACGUUCCCCGGUCUCCGCGCGGCGGAACGUGCCGCGGAGUGCCAACGCUACCGCUAUGUAGCGGCCGGCGGGGUGUAGAUGAAGCGGCGGCGUAUACCGCGCUCGCGUGCCGAGGGGAGGGUAUCGUCCGCCGUAACCGCGGCGGCGGUGGCGGCGGCGACGGCGGCGGGGGCGAUGGGAAUGGCGCGCAAAUGCUGCGUGCGUAGCUGCAAGGCGGACGUGCGGGAGGCGCGCGCCAAAGGACUGCCGCUGCACAAGUUCCCCAAGGACGCCGCGCUGAGGGACAGGUGGUUGGCCAGCGGCGGCUUCGAGGAGAGUUUCAAGCCGACGCCAGGCCAGGUCGUCUGCCAUAGGCAUUUCAAACGAGCCGACUACGAGACCGCGCGGGGCGGUCACAAGCUCCUGCUCAAGAGGGGCAGCGUGCCCACGGUGUUCGCGGACUAUGACGAGCAUCCCGAUCCUGUAAUUAUGUCCGUGAAGUCUUCUACAUCCUACGCUCAAGAAGACUUGGACCUGAUCAAUUCGGAAAUACUAAAUUUGGAACAUUCUGCCUCACCGUUGUUGUCCGAGGCGAGAACACCUAAAUCCGACAGUUGCGGCGAGACUUGUUAUUCUAGACCCGAGUCGUCGGCAGACUCCUUAAAUCUCCCUGACAGCACGGAAGUAACGGAUAAUGAAUAUAAAGCGACAAAUCCGAGAGAAGAGAGCAAGGUAUCCGCGAAGGACAAAUCGACCGAGAAUUCGGUCGACAAUAAAGUGAAUACAGUAGCGAUGCAACUUGGUAUCGUCGAACCGGAAACGGCAAUGAAGACUGGUGCCAAAGACCUAAAGGAAGAAUUAAAAUUACCCGGCGACAAGGAAUUCGACAAAUCGGAAGAAUUGAAACCAAAGGUUUUGAAUCGUGGUGGUUUGAAAUUUUUCCCCGGUGCCAAAUUGGAAGCUAAAGACUUUAACGAGAAGUGGUAUUCUGCAAAAGUGGUAGAAACAGAUUGGGACGAAAGGGAAGUUUUGAUACACUUCGACAAAUGGAGUUCGAGAUUUGACGAAUGGAUACCGAUGGAUAGCUCCAGGCUUCGCGUAUUGCAAUCCCCACAAAACGAACAAGCUUGGACCCCGCCAUCUCCGGAGGCGAAGAUGAGGGAGUUCUCCGUGGGAGAGCGGAUACUCGCUACGUGGGCGGACGGCAAAAAAUAUCCAGCCAAAGUGAGCGCGGUCCUGACGAAUGACAGGUACAACGUGCUGUUCGACGAUGGAUACGCGAAGAUCGUCAAGUCGUCGAAAAUGACCAAGAUCGCCGCAAAUCCGACCAAGGUACAGGACUCCCAGAUUGAGCAAUUAAAUGAAGUGGAUGGAUAUAUCGGCAGCAAACAAGAAAGAAGGGAUAAGAAACGGAGGCACACAGUUAUGGAGUUGUUUAACAUUCACUCAAGGAAACGCACAAAACACGAUACUGAGAAAGCACCAAAGAAGGAGGAAAUUAUCGUCAAGGAAAGUGGUGAAGGCUCUGCGGAGAGCAAGAUCGAGAUGGAUGGUACCCUAUAUGGUCCCUGUUACGAUCCAGGGACAGAUUUGUUGAAAGGUUUCGAAACCAGUUCCUUGAAAAUCAAAUCGUAUUCGAAGAAAAGCAAGAAGGAAGUACCCAAGAUCGAAAUGGAUCCUGAGGAAAACGUCGGUCCCGAAUGGGUCGAUGGAGAGCCACGAGGAACAGAAUCUUAUAUUGUAGAUGGUAAUGAUGGACCACGCCGAUCUAUAAUAGUACCAGAUAAGAGAUUGCCUGCCGGUUGGGAAAAACACUUUACGCAAAGGAAAGCUGGCUCAUCUGCUGGAAAAUGGGACGUCUUGUUCAUACAUAAGCAGACCGGGAAGAAGUUCAGAUCAAGAAAUGACAUCAGAGUAUUUAUGGAGAAUCAGGGGCAGUACGAUUUCGACCCUGAAAAAUUUGACUUCUGUAUACAUCGCAGGAAGCGAAACCACGCUCAUCGUGUGAAGCAAGAAGUUACACCGGAGGCACCAAAGAAGAUCAAAACUUUAUUGCCUAAAACGAAAACGUCCACACCUGAGACUACAUUACUUCCUACAAUGACGAACAGUAUCGAUACUCCAAUUAUCCCCUCGACGCCUACUACAUCUACUACAGAUGGUGAGAUGAUCUAUUCCGUCUUUAUUGGACUUCGUGGUGGACUUCGUGUGGAAAUGGAAGACAGCGCUUAUAAAUGUCCCAAGGAAGGAUGCAACAAGAAUUUUCGAAAGGAAAAUUUACUGCAGAUGCAUAUCAAGCAUUACCAUCCUGAAUAUUCCAAGUUUCUGGGCUCUACUCCCAAAGUUGAAGAUCUGGCUUACGCAAGAACGAUUGGGGAAUCUGUAGAGGAUAUAAUUCCCAAAAAAUCAAUAACGUUCUCAGAGAAAAUAAAUAAAUCCGCGAAGAAGAAAUCUCUUCCUGAGAAAUCAUCGUCUACUUUACUACAAUCAGCGGUUAAUACUAUGCAACCGACAUCUCCGUCAAUACCUGGUCCGAUGAUGCCGGAAGAAGUGGAAUUGGAUCAGUCAGAAAAGUGUAAUGAUUUGCAGAAGGAAGAUACGAAACUUGAAACAAUGUCACAAAUAUCUAAUCACAGUAUGGAGAUAGACGACGAUAUUGAAAGGAAAAGAGAAAACGUCUGCGCAUUGUCCCCUGGUACAUUAUUUGACAUGAGAGUGAAAGAGGAAAAAGCGCAGGGUGGCAUUAAAACGCUAUUGCCUGUAAGACCAGUUGCGAUAUCGGAGGCGCAAAGAGCCGACAGGACGAAAUCUUUGGAUGAAAUGGCGCACGGUGAGCGUGUAAAAAACCAGAAGAAAAAGCAACUUACCGAACAUAGCGUGGAUUUGCCGGCUAAAGCAAAAAAACGGCAUGGUAUGUUAGAUCUUACCGACAAUUUUGGUGAUCAAGACGAUAGUGCUAUGGACGUCGAAGGACCUACGGCACUUAUGUAUAGAUAUAGCCGUAGAAAAUCUGACUCAAAGAGCGACGAAAAUAGUCAGAAUAGUCAACUAAAUGAUUCACGCAUUGAAAAAGCUGAUCCCUUAAAAGGGGAUGCAAUCAAAACAGAUAUUAAUAAUGAUGCAGAAGGAAGCGAAGGAGUGAUGAUGAUGAUUAACGGCGAACUGGUAAAAGUAGAACAACUUCGGAGAGAAGAAAUAAUAAAUUGCACAUGUGGUUUUAUGGAAGAGGACGGUUUAAUGAUACAGUGCGAUCUCUGUCUCUGCUGGCAACAUGGACAUUGUAAUUUUAUUGAAAAGGAAAAGGAUGUUCCUGAGAAAUACAUCUGUUAUAUAUGUCAAAAUCCGUAUCGACUACGGCCGUCUAAGAAAUAUUACCACGAUCAGGACUGGAUUAAAGAAGGAAAAUUGUCAAGCUUGUCUAACCGAACUCGAAAUCAGCAUAAGAUAAAUCAAAGGACUGCAAUGUUGAAGCGUUCUUAUGACUUGGUUGCUGCACUUUUACAAAUUCAACAACUUCUUCACAGUAUGCGCGUAAAAAUCAACGUGGCAGAAAAGAAAGAUCACCCGAAACUAUAUCUUUGGGCCAAGAAUUGGGAGAAAAUGGAUGUACCAAAGAUAGACAUGGAACCGGUACCAGUGAUGGAAAUAACUAAAGCGGCGAGUUUUACCGAUACAAAUUCGGAGAUUCCGCGACGUGUCGAGACGAAGGCAGAUAUCAAGCUGUCUAUAAAAGACGAUCAAGAUGAAAAAUCAAUCGCUUCCGACUCGGAAUUGAUGAAAAUUUUGGAAGAAGAUAGCACGCAUUCUGAUGAAUCCAGGAUUAUCAGCAAGAAGGAAGGCUCGAAUUCAAAGGACAGUCAUAUACUUUUAGACGCGUUAACGGGUGGUAACUCGGACAUAAAAGAGGAAAACAGUGCUACAUCAGACAUUAAAACGGAGAGUGCAGAUUUAUUAGCUGAGAAAACUAUUAUUGAUGAUCCCGUAUCUGAGAAUCUCAAUUCUGGAUCGCCUGUUAACAACGUUCAACAAGAAUCAAGCAUAACCAACGUAAAAAAUGAAGUCUCCGCGCUUCCGCAGCCUUUUAUACCAGAACCCGAGGCACCGAUUGACCCAGCUGAAUGCCGAAUGCGAUUGUUGGAGCAUAUUGAGCAUUUUCAAUGUCACAUCGAUUCGAGAUUAACAUCCAUAGAAGCGCAAAUUUUUGCUCUAGAAGCGAUGGAUCCGGAUGAACUCGUAUCGGAUCCGCUUGUUCAACCCCGUACUAAGCAGACUGUACAAAUGCUCCUUCGUGACUUGAAUACGGUCCGGAAACUAGCAGCAUUGUGUUGAAAACGUAGGUUCUCAAACUUGAGAGUAUUUUACAAUAUACUUACACGUGCAGAUAGACGAUAUAGAUAGUAUAGACAUAAGUAACGUUUCUCAAUUUGUCAUCUAUUCUACCGUACUAGGAAUAAAAUUCAAUUAUUUAAGAUGGCUGUUAAAUCUUUUUGAUUUCGCAUUUAGAAUGUAUUUUAGAGAAUUGUAACAAUAUUUAAAAAAAGUAAAAAGAUAAAAUAUU